AUGACAUGCGAGGUAAAGGCACACGCAAGUGCUCCGAUGUCUCAUAUGGCGGAUACCCGACGGGACGACGCCGGCGUCAAUACGGAGAAUCAUGAUUUUCCCACGGGACAAUCGAUAGCUCAAUCCUUGGUUCGUUAAUUCAAUUAGGACGAUGAGAGAUCUGCGUCGUGUCGGUGCAUCAUUUCUCAGCUUACCACGAGAUUGUUGCUUCUAAAAUAUUCAGCACGAUGAAUCCGUCUAACCGUGUAUCGUACCUCCUUUUUACGUGCUCAAAAUGUUUGCGCGUGAGACAGCGAUGAGGUCUAUCGGGCAGCUGGUCUAAAAGAGUUCAGCUAUGGCUGAAGGUGGAACGGAGCCAAAGUCUAUUGACGGUCAGAUCUCGAGGGGUCAGUUAGAGAUAAACGAAUGCCUCGGUAACUGGUUGACGUACUUACAGACACUUAAUGGCCUAUGUACAGCUGGUACUAAACUGGCCCAAUCCCUGCAAGCGCUUCUCUCCGCGCACGAUACGGUGGCGCAGUGCCGUCUGACAGGCCAAUGUCUGGCUGGAUGGGAAGAAUUGGCGAGAGCUACCCACGUAGCCAGCAGUACGGUUAAAAAUCAUGUCAUCACCGCUCUGAGAGAUCAUGAAUCGCGCGACAAUGACGGGGACAAGCAUGAUAUUCUCAGAGAAAAUCUCUUGACAUUCAUAAACUUGCAAUAUCAAUUCUGCAUUGCUUGUUGCGAGUGCUUGGGUGGCAUGGCGGAAUGCUCUUGUUCUCAGAGCGGUAGCGGCGAUUGCGACAUCGCCGCGCUUCAGCAAUGUUUCGAGCGUCUUUACAGCUCGCCGGUACUACCAAUUUCCUCCUCGUCCACCCAACAGUCCGUGCUGAAUUGUCGGAGGUCCCCCUUGCCGUAUUCGUUGUUCCCUCUGCAGGUUCAGAGGAGAUGGUCAGAAACGGCGGCGGCGGAAAUGUCGGGCGAGUCCGCCGAGAGCACGAUGAGGCGUUGGUCGAUGCCCUGGGAUUGCAAGCACGUUAUCGAGUGGCCGCGCCAGGACGCGAGGUCGCGAUUAAGGGUGCCUCAGCAGGAUCGCAGUAGAUCGACCACGCCUGACUCGAUGUGGAAAACGUCGAUGGCUAGUCAGGAUGGUCUCCAAGAAGCCAUUCAGCUAUUGUCUUGCAAGCCAGGAGUUCGGCCGUCCAAUCAACUCUCGGCUUACACUAGUCAGCAUAUCCCGGGCGUCACUUUGACGACCUGCAAUUUCGACUCGAAUUACGACUCCGCUAUUUGGUCGGGGUCGCGUAGGAUAGGUUCACCUAGGUGCUGGCCGCAGGACUCCAGCGAUCAUUCGGAUCAAUCCGGGCAUCGCGAUAGCGAUCACAGCGUUCACAGCGAACACAGGGACUCGGAACAGAGCGGUGCCAGCGGCAGUCACGGCGAUAGCAAGGACAGCAUUCACUCCCAUAGCGAUCAUAGAGAAACCGAAACCGGUACAACGGACACCCUGCCGUCUCGCAAGAGCAGCUCGUCGACCGACUCCUGCGUCUCGGCGCACAGUCGGUCAGGUUCGGAAAGCGCGGGUGGCGGGGAGUGCACGAGGUCGCAAUUGUACUCGAUGUGGAGCGGCGGCGAUCUGUCCUUCAUCAAAUUGCCGGAAAGUAACGAGAUACAAGAUGAACAUCCACCCACUUAAAUAUCCGACACUUUUUGUUUUAUAUCCAAAAUGUAUCCGAAAAAAAAUCUCAUCCUUUGGAUUACUGAACCGUGAAACGAUAUCUCUUUUUUAAGAGAUAUCUUGGAAGAAAUAUUCUCUUAUCUUUGAAGAAUGUGCUCUGCACAUUGAGAAAAUAAAAGAAAUUCAAGAGAUUUUUUUCUCUCGAAGCCAUUUUUGACAAAUAAAGCCUCGUACAAAAAUGAUUUUACUCUACGUUGUAUUUUUUCACGAGGAAUUUUCUUCUGUACUUCAUGAUUCACAUGGUCCAGUGAUCCAAAAAUAAAUCGUCGCCACGAUGAAACUUGUUGACCCGUGAAAUCACUUAGAGAUGCG